AUGUUGUCCUACAUUGGAUUCUUCUUCUGCAUUGCUGGUAUUCUUUUGGUUAAUUCACAACAAUCUACAAAACAUGCGAAUUUAUUUAAUUUAGACAACUCAGACGCAACUGUGUAUGCAGGUGGUAGUUUACGACAAGCCAAUGAGAAUAAUUUUCCAAUACUGCAAGGUCAAUUUGGAUCAAUGGCAAUAAUAACUUUGAAACCCGGUGGUAUUCGUCAACCACACUGGCAUCCCUUUGCUUGGGAAAUGAAUUAUGUUCUCAGUGGUAAAGCUAAGUGGAGUAUUGUUGGAACUAAUGGUCAACAUGAUUCAUUUGUAGCUAAAACUGGUGAUCUUGUCUUUGUUCAACAAGCCUGGUUCCAUUAUUUUGCAAAUGCUAAUGAAAACGAAGAUUUGAUAGUUUUAAUUGUAUUUAACUCUGGCAAAGCUGUAUCAACUGAUGAUAUUGGAAUUGUUGCUGCACUGAAUGGAAUACCUACUGGUAUAUUGGCUGCUUCAUUUGACAUGCCAAAGGCUUAUUUCGAGAAGCUGCCAAGAAAUAUGACACAAACAUCAAUUAUUUUACGAAAUAGUGCAAAACCGUGA